AUUUCCAGAAAAGAAAAAAAGAAAAACUGAAUUUCGUUUCAGAACAAGAAAAAGGAAAGAUAAUUUAUAUAUUCCAUGAUGUCCGAUCUGCAUAUUUCCUCAUAUGGAACCAUCGCCAUUCCCUUUCUCAAUUCAUCUUCUUGCAGUAUUUGGGGCACAAGACAGUAGAUCUAAUCCCAAAAUUCCCAAUUCACUUUUUUGGCAAUCAAUUCCCAGACUCUUUGCCCUUCUUCUGUCUGGAGUGGAGCAGGCAGCCAUUAAGCUUUUCUUUCUCGAACGAAGUCCUGAUACGAAAACUUCCCAUUCCCUCCUCCCUCUGUUUCUGCAACUUCUGCUCUUACUGCCUUCCACCUAAGCUAGCUGGUUGGUCGGUUUCUAGCUCUAUCGCGAUUUCUUGCAGUACCCAUUUUCGCGCAUCUGCCUGCUGCAGCUCUCUUCUCCGUCGCAGUUUCGAGCUUCAGCUCGCGGGCAUCACCUCAUUUGCUCGUUUUGAAGGUUAGGGUUUUUUUUUUUGGGCAAAGAACCGAGCUUUCACGCAUUCGGGGAUCUGAUCUGAGCUUUUUCUCAUCUGGGUCUCUCCGGCUAUGGAUUAUGGCCCGGAAUCCGGCAACGUCGUCCACGUAAUCCCGGAGCCUUGGGCUUCGGAGGAGGAGUACCGCAUUUGGAACGGUACGGACACCCCGUCCGACACCCCUUCCAACUCCAACCACGACCAGAGGCAGUCGCAGUCGCAGACGCGGUCGGGGAGCGAGCCUCCGAGCAAGAAGUCGAAGGGCACCACCUUAGAUUCCGCCUCCUCGGGUAAUUCUCGCUCCAAGGCGAUCGGGAAGAUGUUCUUCAAGACCAAGCUGUGCUGUAAGUUUAGGUCCGGGACGUGCCCCUAUAUCACGAACUGCAACUUUGCUCACAGCAUCGAGGAGCUGAGGCGGCCCCCGCCCAACUGGCAGGAGAUCGUGGCGGCGGCCGACGAUGAGGAGAGGGAGGAGUUCCAGAUUCCUUCGGUCGGGUCCGUGGGGUUCAACGGGGACUCGCAGAGGUCUUACAAGGGGAGACACUGCAAGAAGUUCUAUACCGAAGAAGGGUGCCCUUAUGGGGAUAAUUGUACAUUCCUUCACGAUGAGCAGUCCAAGAAUAGGGAGAGUGUGGCCAUUAGUUUGGGGCCUGGGGGGUACAGCGGUGGAGGAGGCGGUGGCGGAGGCGGGGGCGGCGGCGGCGGAGGAGGAGGAGGAGGAGCAGGAGGAGGAGGUGGGGCAGUGUCAAAUGUGAAGCCCUCGAAUUGGAAGACACGGAUUUGUAACAAGUGGGAGCUCACAGGGUAUUGCCCGUUUGGCAGCAAGUGCCAUUUUGCUCACGGAGCUGCAGAAUUACACCGAUACGGCGGAGGACUCUUAGAGCUGGAGUCGCGGGAUGCUUCUUCAGUCCCUCCUGACGCAAAGCAAGGAGGCGGCGGAGUUCCUAUGAAAGCACUUACAGAUAAUGAGGUUACAGCAGUCAACUCGGUUCCUCAUUUGGAUGUUUACCAUAUGGGAGUCCCAUCACAAAGGACUGCGAUCAUACUCCAGAGGCCUGGGCAAAGAGCCCAUCAGAAGUGGAAGGGCCCCGACAAGAUCAGCCGGAUAUAUGGUGACUGGAUCGAUGAUAUUGAAUGACACAACACAACCCUUCUCUCCGAGUCUGUAGUAGUAGUCAUAGUUGUCCAAUGAAGGGAACUCGAUGCUUGUACUACUGCUUCUCGAGUCGUCUUCUACUUUUUAACUUCGACUAUGACGAUGAUAUAAUGUUAACAUCUUCCCCUCUCUUUAUAGAGCGAAUAAAUGUUCAUGCGGGUUUUCAUCGCUUCAAAAUUUACCAA